AUGUUUUUUGGUACUACUAUAUUACACUUGAGAGUUGUCCUAUUAUACUUGUGUUCCUUGAGAUUCACAGUGGAAGAUAACGAGGAACGUACCCGAGCUAUCAGACGAAAAAAAAAUUACAUCGAUCGUUAUUCUCUUUCUUUUUUUUUUAAUAUCUUUAAAAAUAUUUCACCUCUCAAGUCACUUGGCUUGACUCACUGCUACUGUCACCCAUUUUUGGCGUUCUUUAUGAACAGUUCUGAGUCAGAAGCCGAAGGAAAAGGCGAAAUAUGUGACAAUUUUAUAAGUAGAAAUGUAAACAAGGAAUCUCAAAAUAUUGAACGCAUGUAUGGGCCUGGGACCUUAUGUCCAAUAUCUCCACCGUUCCCCGUUAGCCUUUACCAUCUUUGCCCAUCCGAGGUUGUGCCUAUGAGAACAGACUUGGUCUGGUACCGUUGUAUAGUCAGGUUCCAUAAAUGGAUCGUCCGAGUUUCUAAACGAAAUAUCUCUUUGGAGUUCUUAUCCUUGCUGAAAUCCGUUCCCAAUCCAGGUGUCUUCAGUACCCAGUUACUUAUUCUUAAUUCUUUCAUGCGGUUACUGUUUUUCUUUUCAGCUGAUUCUUCAGCUCUUAUUGGGUCACACAUAUUCCUCAGUGAACAAGGCCUAGAAAAAUCUGCAAUAAAGUAUUUUCCUCUGUACGGACAUGAUUUAGUUCAGAAUGAUAAGACUGUAUCUUAUUGGCAUGACAAACCAUGGCACCAAGAUACAGAAAAGAAGCGAAAUGAAAGGAAUAAGCCGUCCAAUAUAAAGACGGCUUUUUUUUUCAAAACCGAGAUGACAUUCAACUUGAAGGAGAUAGGUGGCAUACUUGCUAUCAUGGCCAAUUCCAAACAACGUUCCCAAUUCAUCCUGCCAGUUUGGUUCUUGCGGAAUCUAAUAAUAAAUUCCAGAUCAUCAUGCUUGCCAAAAUCUUCUGAUGAGGUUUUCUUGUGGCCACAGCUUGGUAAAAGUUCAAGUGAGCUGUCAGUGCUGUAG